UUUAUAACAGCGGUCCCAUUCUUCGGAUUCCGUGCUCUUUGUUUCUACGGCACUCGUCAUCGACCACGACACUGACCUCAAAAAUCAACAUCAAUACAUCAACAGAAGCUUUCAAUAAACAUCCGCAAUCAUGGCUGCCGUGUGUCCUGUUGUCGGAACGACUACCAAUGUCCUUCCUCCUUCUCAUCCCGAGAUUCCACAUGAUUCCGAGGCUCGCUGCCCUGUCACGAACGCCAAAGUCGAGCAUCACGACAACAUUAUCCACAACCAUCCUUCCGAGAUCCAGGAGCCUGGCAGCAAGAAGGAUGCCAUGGACGCCUCGCAGUGCCCUGCACUCAAGAAUGCUGCCAGCAGCGGUGACUCUAUCACCGAUGCUGUGUGCCCUGUCGUCGGAGCAGUGAACAGCCACCUCCCACCUCAGCACCCCGCUUUGAAUGAGACGGAGGCUGGCGCGGUGUGCCCAGUCACGAAUGCCACUUUGGACCACCACAAGGCGAAGGUCCAUCAGCACAAGCAGGUUGCGAACAACGCUUCUGCGGCGCAGUGCCCUGUUGCUGGCGCGAGGGCUUGAAAUAUCGGUAUGGGAUAAGUUUUGAGGGCGUUUAUGUGAUGGGAAUGAUACGAUACCAUGGCUGUAGAUAUGAGGAUUCCUGUCGUACCGAGUUGGAGUUUUCGGCAAUCAGACUUUACCUACCAUCCCAAAUCAGUCGCAAAUGUGUUUACCCGCUUCAGACAA